UAUUAUUAUUAUCAGUUCAAAAGAAAUAAUAAUAAAUUCAAUUUGUUCUUCUUUUUUAUAUCUUUUAAUCAUUUAAUUCAUUUAUUUUAAAAAAUAAUUAUUUGAUUUCCUAACAUCAUUAUACAAAUACAAAUAUUACUAAGAGGAGGGAUUCACCUUUACCUGGGAAUACUACCAAUAAUAAGGAAACUUGCCUAUGGAUGAUUUCAAAAAAUUUCACCAGUUUCUAAAAGAGCGCAUGCAAUAUGACCCUAAACUUGUUAUGGGAAAUGAUAUUAAAAAGUCAACAAAAAAUCAAGGUUUGAUAGAUAUGUCUAAACUCAAUUUUCCGCUUCCCAAUUUAUUCAACCAUGAUAAUCCGUAUCCAUCGCCAUUUAACUACGAUAUUUCGAUGUUACCAUAUUUUGCCAGAGAUCCCCAAAAUCUGAUGCCUAUGAUGCCCUCUCACCUUUAUCCCCCGAAUCAAGCCUAUUUCGAUAAAGAAAUCAGGUCCACGCCCACUCAUUCUGAUCCAUUGCAUUAUUCCAAAAAUAACCAAAAUAGCGCCCUUGACAUUAAGAGAAAUAUUCAAGCUAACGUAAAGAGAGACAAUUCGUUAAAAGAUUCAAAUGACCACGGUCUCGAUUACUAUCGGGAAGACACAGAGGGACGCCCAAAAGAUAAUAAGGACAGCGGUCCUUCUCUUCCUACUUCAUUGGUCAAGUUAAAACAGAAAAUUCGCGAAAAAGUGAAGCGCUCAAACAACGAUAAAAUCGACGCGGCUGCUUAUAAUAAGAGUAGCCAUUUGAAUCUUAAUAACUGUAUCCAACACGAGGCUAUUCCACCUAAGGCGGAAUAUCUCCCCGUUAACAUGGAUAAACCGGAGAACUUAAACGAUGCCUGGUGGUCACAAUUUCAACGUGGUAUGCGCUCACAAUAUCCGCCUCAAUUUUCAAAUCCUGCUCAUCCUUACAUGUUUCGUCCACCAUUUUUUUCCGCUCCGCCAUUAUUCGAUCCUACGAUCGAUCCCACAUCGCAUCAAUUUCCCAAUUAUCCUUUUAUGCCGCUUCCCUUUGAGGUGGAUUUAAAAACAGAUAAAGCUAUCCCCAACAAUAGUAGAGUCAAACAAAAAGCUAGUAAAAAUAUUCGCAAAAACAAUUCACAGCCCGAUCAAAAUGAUUAUAACUUUCCAAAUAUGCAGAACCUGAAAGAUCAAAUGGCUUCCAAUUUAUUUCCCUUCGUGCGAUCGGCUCCCCUUGGUACUAAUAACGAUUCUCCAAUGUCCUUUCCCAUGCUCCCCUUUAUGGACUAUUAUAAUCCGUUCUACAGCAAUCUUCCUUAUUUUCCCUUUCCCAAUUUCGAUGGGCCGGUUAAUCAUUCGAAAGUACCAAGAUUUGAUGGCAGAGAGAUGAGUCCUGAAGCCUACAAAACGCCGUCUAAAAAUUUUAAACCCCCUACGGAAAACUGUUCCCCUGAACAAAAAAUUCCAGUUGCGAAUAAUGGCCUACCAGUUUUAAAAAAGCGCAAAUAUACGAGCAGACAAACUCAAAAUUUGAACUUGAACAAAUCUAACACGAAUAAUUCUCCUACUGAUGCAUUACGUGAAAAUGCUACCAUUCCCACUUUAGAUAAACCUAAAGAGGAGAUCUCUUGCGAUGCUAAACGUGGUCGUUUUCAUUGCAUCGAUAACAUUUUGGGCAAAACAGCUAUAAACAAUAAAAGUUUUGAUUCCGAGAAACAAGAAAUUAAAGAAAAGGAUCCAAUGAACGACGAUGCCCUUACAACUUCAUCUUCGGCUUCAAAAUCAAAAUUUAACCAAGAAUCGGAUUUAACUAAGUUCGAGUCCAACGCGCCUACACUUCCAUUCCCUUUAUUUUCACCCGAUAUGGCAAAAGAUUUCCUGGCCAAAUACGUAUCCCAAACUUUGGCCUUCUCCACCAAUGAGUCAUUAUUUCGCGAUAUGUCAAACAUGUCCGCUCUCUCGAGGGCAUCUUUCCCCGGUCCUGAUAAAUCUCCAUCGCUCAAUAGCAAGGAUAUCAUUAGCGAAAACUCGAUGGCUAGUGGAGUUAACAACGAAAUCAACAAUAAUGUUAGUGAUUCUACGUCAACCCCUCUGUCAAAGAACAAUUUGGAAAAAUCUCUUAAUCCCGAAGAUAUUAUUAUCAAAGAUAAAAUAAUCUUGAAUGAUAGCGGGGAUAACUUUAAUACCCACCCAGUCGCAACUCCAGUUAAAAAGGCCCGUGGUAGACCUCCCGGGGCAUGUAACAAGAAUCCCAAAAGGGCAAAGUACAAAAAUGCAAAUAGUAAUGUCCCAAUCAGCGAACCUAGUAAAUUACCCUUUGCCUCGAUCAAACCAAAAAGCGCAAAUGAUGUCCUUGAUAACCGACCCCUUAAUGUUAAUCAACUUAUUAACGAUGUUCAAAACCAAAUUGACUAUUCUAUCGCUGAUCCGGAUUUUAAGAAUGUAAAAGAAAGUGAUGAGCAGAAUUUUCUAAAGUUUUUGCCUUUUAUGGUUCCGCCAUUUCCCCCUACUUUUCUAAUGCCAAAUUUGAACGAGGAAGACCAAAAAAGUAUGAUUGGCAUGAAUUCCCAAUUAUUUCCUCCCAUUCCUCCUCCAUUUUUAUUACCCUUUUUGAUGCAAGAGCAAAUGAAGAGGGGUGGAAAUUUGGACGAUUUUCAAAAACAAUUUAUUAACGAGGGCAAAAUUGCGGCCUCCAAUGAAAUCAACAAUUUUAUGACUUCUAGGAAUGGUUAUUUCAAUAAUAACGAUGAAAACCUUGCUGAUAUAAUUAACAAAUUACCGAUGGAUAUCCACGAUACUAUCGCACGCGAUACAGAAAAUGAGGCAUUAUCUUUAACUGUCAAACGUAAAAAUUUAACUCCGACGGAAGGCUCGAAGAUUAAUGAAGAUUUGCACGUUUCCGAAUCAUCGAGUAAUAAAAACGACCAAAACAGAUCUUUUAAUUUCGUGGAGGAAGUCCUUAAUAAUCCUGAGUCUAAAAAAAUGGACUAUUCAUCCAAUGCAAAUACCCACGCACUUUCCACCGAAAGCAAUGUUCCUCCCAAAAAAAGGCGCAAACGACGAGUUUGCAAAAACGUCCCUUAUAAUAUAGAUCUUAUAAAAUCACUUAACUCCGAACAUAACCAUCUGCCUGAAUCCACUUUGACUUCCAGUCCCAAAUUGUUUCCUUCCUUGUCCCAACCGCAUCAAUUACCCGGCACUUUAACGGAAAUGUCCCAAAUACCAUUACAUAAAAAUCGUGGCGACUCAUCUGUCUUUUAUGUGCCUCUUGACCCGUAUUUCGGUGGCGGCUUCAAGCGCAAAACACUGAUAAAAGCUGUAAAAUUUAGAAGACUUUUAGGGUCUCUCCCGAUUUUUGCUAUACACCCCAACGACGCUUGUUUAACGGAUAAAACCCGAAGCCUCAAAGCUAUGAUAAAAGGGGAAGUUGUAUAUGUGAGCCCCUGCGGAAAACGACUCAGAUCUUACCAAGAUGUGGAUAGGUACAUGGAUAGACUGAUAGCCAAAGCCGGCAAGGAAUGUCCCGAUAACGUUGCCAUCGAAAAUGAAAACAAUAAGGUGAUCAUAGAUAGGGAAGCAAAGGAUAGCAACUGGGUGCGUGCCCUUAAUUCCAGGCUUCAUUUCAGUUUUAGUUCGAAAAUAUUGGUUGGAACCUUUUACCGUUACGACGAUAUGAAUCCUCACAAACUGGUGAGUUACAAUGAAAAACAGGUUAAAGAAAUGCUUGGAGAACUUUUGCAGAGUUAUAAUGAUAAUAACGGCAAGGACAAAAAGGGCAUGCUGACCACCGAAAUCGAUUUAAAUAAUCCCGAAUUUGUCGGAAAAUUUAGAUUCCAAGAUACGAACCAAUUAGAAGAACGCCACAAGGAGGCUCUGGAAAUAGGUGCCGACCAUAAGUUUUUUAAGGAUUUCAAAAAAAGGAAAUUGCGGGAUAACAAUACAGACCCAUUAAAAUCGUCUGGCAACCUUAAUCUGGGUGAGAUGGAAUGUUCUAUAUCUCCUGAAUUUUUCACCGGAAAACGUAGUAGAACUAAAUAUUCUCCACAAUGCCUCUUCGAUGUUAACAAUACCGCUAACUUUACCGCGCUCAAUGAUGAAAGCGUAGACGACAAAAAAGGUAGUUCUUGGGUGAACGAUUCUAAAAUCAGCGAUAUACAUCAUAAAAUUAUCACGACACCUUCAACGCAAUCUGAGAAAACAAAACUGCUAUCACCUGAGCAUCAUAAUUUAAUCAAAAAUGAGACGAGAAAAUAUAGCGAGAAUGGGAAAGAUGUAUAUGAUGUGAGCAAUAUCAAGAACGAAACAGAAGACAAUAACAGCUUGAAUAUUAGCCCCGUCAAGUCUUGGAGGAAUUCCUCAUUCAAGGAUGAAAAAUACCACCUGGAUAUGGUAUUUUUGACAAAUUCCUUGAGUACAAAGUCUAUCAAUUCCGAACCAUACAAGGAAGAAUCUGAAGAAUUAGGGCGGCACAACAUUUGUUCUAAUCAAUCGACUAUAAUGAAAAAUGAUUAUAGAGAAAUGAAGAUGUUUAAAAAGAGGGUCGAGUUGAUUAUAGCUAAGGAGUUCAAUAAACCAAGAGAUGAUUUGGAGAUAAUUCACAAUUCAAAACCCUUGCCAGACUUCCCGCCAGUACCCGAUAUCAAAUUAAGAUCGAACACCUUUUCUCAGUUAAUCAUGGUGGUUGAAUUCAUACACAAUUUUCACGACGUUUUGAAAAUAGAUAUAUCCAGUGAUAAAUACAGUUUAUACUCCAUGCAAUCUUCAUUGUUCACUUCGGAAGUUGACGAGGAAUGCGAUCAAAGUUAUAUCGACAUAGUUUUAAUACUGACGAGAAAGUUGUACCAGAACAACGAACUCUUGCCAUCGGUUUCUUUUUCCGAUUUAGCAGGUUCUCACGAUAACGAUGGCUACCCGAGGAGUGGUAUCGAAGAAGAGUCAAAACAAAACAAGCCCACUGGCAAUAAAUUUUUCAAUGAGAUUGAUAUUAAUUACAUUAAUCAAAAUCUCACCAUACUAGGAAGAUCCUUCAAAGAAACGGAAUUUGAUCGAAGUACUGUUUCGGAGUUUGUCAGAUUUUAUAUUGACAUAUAUUGUAAAUACUUUGGUUUAACGGAAGAAGGAAAAGAGGUGUCAGAACAACUCACGUCAAUCACACUUUUAUCCUUAAGUACUUCUCAUAAAGUAUGGGUACUAACAUUUUUAUGCGAUCGGUUAUUGGAUAGUCCCGAUAUAAUGUAUAAAAUCGAUCAAGAAUUAGAUAAAAUGGCCGUAAUUAGAAAAGAUAAGUGGCUGAACGAAGGACAGAUUAGAAGGAUGAAGCUUAUUGAUGGCCAUUUUGGAAAUCCUAUAGACGAUGAAGCGAUAAAUGAAACAAAUGCUUCGAAAAAUGACCAAGAAAUAUUAAACUUUUCGGAAAUUCAAAAUGAAGAUAUUAUAUAUAGUGAGAGCAAACUCGAUGAUGCACCUAUCAUAACUAAAGAACCAAUUUCCGUGAUCAAAGAUGAAACUCUCCCUGUAACAAAUGAUUCCAAACAAGAUGACAUUAUACCGCCUUUAGUUACUAUGGAUGAAACUGCUCCGGAAACUGACGAUAAAAUGAUUGAGGGGGAAUCUGCCGCCGAAAAAGGACCUAUAAAUAACAUGGACAACUUAUACCAGCUUCAAACUGAAUAUCGUUGCAAAUUAUUUAAAAUAAAUUCCCAUAUCAGGAGCUCGUGUGUGGGUCAAGACAGAUUCAAAAGGAGAUAUUGGAUUUUGCCGUAUUUGGGAGCCUUCUUGGUUGAAGGCAUAGAUACAAAAACAGAAGGUGAACUUGAGGUGCCAAAUAAGACUGGUUUUGAAUGUUUAAUGAAUAUUGGUGGAGAUGCAAUAUCAACUCUGGAAGACAGAAACGCUUUUUAUAAAACCAAUCAAUAUAACAUGUUAAAUUUUAACAUUUUACAUAAAGGAUCUCGCGAUAAUUCCGAGAUGCCUUCUGAUAACCUUUUCAAAAAUUGUGAGAAUUUUAUGAAUCAUUCGGUGAUUGAAAUUGAUAAGAGCAACGAAGAUAGUGAGAAAAAUGUUUUAAAAUCAAUCAAUAUUGAUAAUGAUAGUAUAAUUAGUAAUCCAAACUCUCUCUCUGAUAAUCAAAUUAAAGACAUCAAUAUUACCUCCAAGACUGCUUAUCCUACCUUAAAUGAUGAGCCAAAUGUUAAAUUAUUAUGUGAUACCAAUCCAAUAAACAAUACUAAUAAUAAUAAAAAUUGCGGCGAACCAAUCAAAGAUGACUCUCCCAGUACCGAGAAAAUUAUUUUAAAAAAUACACAAAAUAUUGAUGCCCCUAAAAUUAUUGGAAAUAAUGAAUCCGAUAGAAGUUAUAAAUUUUGUCCUGAAAACAAAUUUAAUCGUAAUGCAAAUGCGAUCGCCAACAUAUCCAAUAACAAUUUUCUAAAUAAUAACCAUAACAGCAAUAAUCAAAACGCGAUAAUGAUGCUCACCAUGCUCAUUCCCCUUCUCAAUAAUCGUUCCACUUUGAUCGAGUUGAUCAAAUCAAACCAGGAAAUUCUCAAUAAAGUUGGCAUAAAACUAGACGAUUUGGAUAUCAUAGACACCAACGCUCUUCAGAAUUCGAAUAUAAACCCGCCUUUAGAUAGCACUAAAGAUACCAUCAAUUUUAACGAUCACGUUUCACCUUCUCAACAGACAGUUGUAGAUGACACAACGACUAUGAUCAACAAUCAAAGCUUUGACACAUUUAAAAAUGUUUUAGACAGUUUGGCACCGGAUUCAAACGUUGGCAUAAUUUCCGGUCACGAAGAUACUAGAUCGAAGAUGACGAAUCACGCCAACACUUCUCUUAAUUUUCAAGGGCUCAAUAGCGAACUCUCGAAAGCUAUUCAAAAAUCAAAUUUAAUUAAUAAACCUCUCCAAGAAUCAAAUACUAUUGGUCUUCUACCCACUUUACCUAUCAAUUCUGUUCAAAAUCCACUUCCACUUAAUUCGCCGCAAUUUGACAACCCGAAUUUAGUUAGCUUUAAGAAAUUCUUGACGAUGUUUAAUCACUCCAAAAACCAUAACAUCACAACCUCUAAUGGCUGCGUUGAAUGCGAUAAUUAUAAUAUGUUACUUAACAAUUGCAACCAAAAUCUGGCAAUAGGCAUAAGUGAUCAAGGCAAUUUAAAUUCUGAUGUUAUUGUACAUAAAUCUAAGGACGAUUCUUCGAAUAACAUUAUAUCAGGGGAAUGUGCGGAUGUCAAGAAUGUUAAUGAGCCCGCUUUACCAAUUCAAACACUAGACCCUAAAAAUUGGAAAAGUUAUACCAAUAAAUGGUGGUUCAUUGAUAAUCCCGACCAACUUGAUUCGCUUAUCAGAAAUUUAAACGUGAGAGGUAUUCGAGAAAAGACAUUGUACAAGAACUUGCACAAAUUAAUGGAACUCACUCAAUUGGUUUGCUCACCAGAGAGCACUAAUCAAAUCAAAACACAUUUGCUAAGUUUUCAAGAAUCCGCGAAAGAAAAAGAAGAUUCUAUUACAGAUAUAGGAAAUGAUUCUAAAGUUGAAAAUGAGACGAAGACUACUGUAAAAUGUGAUGUUGAAGCCUUGAAAGCCGUGGAGAGCUUAGAGAGCAGGGUGAGCGCUUCAAAUAUGCAAUCCAAGUUUUGGAAACCAAAUACUUCCUUAAGCUACGACCCUUCCGUAACUUGGGUAAAAUCUUUGCGGGACCUCCCCAAAGCUAUAGCUUUAUCGGAACAAUCAACUAAAAUAGCUCGCAAUACUAUAGAUCCUCGAGAUAUUGAGAAAAUAAAUAACGACAUCGUUAUUUCUGAUAGCAAUAAUGGUGACGUUUCUACUGUUAAUAAUAAUGAUAAAGAAAAUGUUAAUCUCGAUAUUUCAAACGAUCACACUGUAAAUCACGAAAAUUUUGCCAUUUUGCCUCUUACAUCCAAGAAUGAUACUGUAUAUCAUGAAGAUGAGCAAAUUGGAAAAAGAGUUUUAUGCCCUUUAAAAUGCGCUAUUGAAAGAUUAGAAAGCUUAGAAAAGGGGAUUGAAAGACGGUACCUAAAAUCUCCACUUAAUAAAAAUAAUAAGGACCGAUUAAAUGUCAGCGCGGCCCUCAAAUGGUACAACGAGCACGGAAAUAAGAGCAACAAAAUUGAGGCUACGGAAGCGAUUAAAAUUCAAACCGACGCCGAUAUACAAUCAAAAUUUUCUAAUAGCGCGUUAACUAACCUGAAGAAUAAUGUUAACACCUCCGUAAACGCUCAAAUUUUAAUGGAGGAGACCCGCCUGAACGAUGCUCCAAUACAUACGAAAAAUGCUCAAAUAUCUGCGUCAAGUAAUGAACCAAUAGUCAAUCCAAUCUCAGAACCAUUUAUACACCCUCCGCUUGUCAAAUGGCGAAACGCUUUGGCCAAUGUUACCAACGCUUCUCAAUUGCAUUUGUGCCUUAAGAUUUUAAAAAAUUCUAUAUCUUGGGAAAAAUCUAUUAUGAAAGUGUUUUGUCAAUUCUGUUUGAUGGGUUAUGACGAAGAUAAGCUUUUAUUAUGUGAUGGAUGUGACAGAGGAUAUCACACAUAUUGUUUCAAACCCAAAAUGGAGAUAAUACCCAAAGGUGAUUGGUUUUGCUAUCAAUGCAUUUCUAAGGCAAUUAACCAAACACUUUGUUGUAUAUGCGGCAAAAAACACAAAAAAUUAUUAAAAUGUGAUAAAUGUAGUAGAAACUACCACCCAUACUGCUUUGAACCCCCUAUAACCAAAAUAUCGAAAUUGCGAUGGAAAUGUCCUGUAUGCGUUAAACAAACGAGAACCAAUCCUUCUAGAGCUGUGGAAAUAAAAAUUAAGUCUAAUUUUUCCGCCAGGAAACGCGAACGCGGAAGACCUUCUAAGAUGGCGGCUCAUUCCGAGAAAAUUGUGACCGUCAUUAAGAAAAAACGUGGGCGGAAACCUAAAAAUUAUGACGAAUUAUUACGCGAAACCAAAAAAGACGAGAAAAGCGAGGAGGAAGACGCAGAGCAGACGAUCGAUAAUGAUUCGAUGGAGAAAAUUGAUGAAAACGAGAGAUUAAUCGACGAAGGAGAUUCAAAAAGCAACGAUAAUUAUUCUGAAAUAUUUAAAAACAUCCUCGAUUCAAUGAAAAGUGAUGAAAAUAGUUGGCCAUUUUUACAACCCGUUGAUACCAAAUCAUUUCCUCAAUACAAAAAAUGUGUUAAGCAUCCAAUGGAUUUUUCUACUAUCGAGGAAAACAUCAAACAAAAUUUAUACAACAAUAAAACCGAAUUCGAAUCAGAUGCUAACCUAAUUUUUUCAAAUUGUCGACUCUUCAACGAAGAAGAUUCCACCAUAGGGAAAGCUUGCAAAAAUAUGAAUCAACUUUUUACCUCGCUCAUGCUAAAGACUUUUAAAGAAAAGGAUUAAUAAUUAAUUAUGCAAAAUGUAGUCCUUAAUAUUUUUUGAGAAAACGCUGUUUAAAAACAAAUAUUAAAUCUAAUUUGAUUCCAAUACAAAAGUUGAAUUUUUGUAUUGUUUUUGUGCAAUUUGUUUGAUUAAAGAAGAAUACCAUCUUAAUAAAUUCUAUUCAAUUUUUAUUUAUUUAUUAAAACAUUUUUUUUAAUGAUUAUUGAUUGAACCUUGUAUAAAAUAUUAAAUAAUUAUUUACUAAUAAUAUUUAAAAACAUUUUUUUGAUAUUACGAUGUUA